AUGGCAGGGCUAGAUGAAGAUGCGAUAGACGAAAUCUUGUACCUGGCGCGAGCAAACGAAGCCGCCGAGCUCGAAUCAUACCUUUCGCAAUUGUCAGCACAGACGAAGCGGCCGACGACAGAAUUGGUGAUUGCGGCCGUGGAUCCCUACUCGAAGAAUAGUGCACUGCAUUAUGCUGCUGCGAACGGGCACAAUGAUGUUAUCAAGUUAAUAUUCUCAACGAGCACCGAGAAGCCAACACCCGCGCUCAUCAACGCCAUCAACGACUCUGGAAACACCCCACUCCACUGGGCUGCCCUAAACGGCCACCUCGAAAGCGUAAAACUACUCAUGCAGUCCGGCGCGGACGUGACGAUUUUCAACAAAGCUGGACACGACGCAGUCUUCGAGGCGGAGCUCAAUGAUAAGCAAGAAGUCGUGGAUUGGCUACUCGGAGCCGUCGAGGAGCUAGAGAAGGGCAUUGGCCAGACAGGUGAAAGCCCACCCGGGGAGGAUAUUGAUGAGGCUAUGGAGGACAGAGAUGAUAUAAAGACAUAG